AAAUUAUUGACGGUAUGUCUUUAUUUGUUUAUUUAUUGUGCACUGUGCCACGCGUUUCAGUGAUAAAGGAUCUCCCUUAAAUGUAAAAAGCAUGUUACAUUUUUUUCAAUUCAACUCGCAAUUUGUAUAAUCUCGUGUUACACUACUCGCAUCAUUGAGUAGAUGGAAUCAAAUGAAUUGCAAGUUCUUAUCUCUUGACUCAAGAGUUUUUAUUUUAUUUUAAAAUAAAUAAAUUAUUUGGAUAAGGUAUAUUAGAGUCUACGGCAUUUUUAGAAAUGCAUUUAGGUUGUAAAAAUAAAUUCUGAUAUCCCAAACAAUGAUAUGAUAAGCUUUACUUAUUGUACCAUUAUUUUUCAGAUUUGCCAAUCAAAAGCAGAAUUGUUGGUAUCAAUUUUUUUUACCUCUAUAGAAGCUUAUCAUUUACAAAUGCAUUGAGCACUUAGUUUUGUCAAUAAUUCUCUGGGAUUAGAGACGUUAAGACAUUGUUUUAACAUUUCCGCGUGCGACAAAACAAAAUGGCGGAAAAUCGAAUGCAAUCCGCGACAUCGCUUUUGCAGAAAACUUCAAGUUUUAGAACAGAGUCUGUAGAAAAUACUGAAAGUUCUUAUGCUUAUCACAGAAUGAGUUUUGUGGAUGAAAUUUUAAAUCCAAUGGAUCGGCGAUUUUUAAAACUGGUUGAAAGGGGUGAUCUUGAAGGGUUAAGAACUCUAUUCAGUAGCGGAAAACUUCCCAACUUGGAUAGUUGUGAUUAUAGAGGUAGACGAGCUCUAGAUAUCGCUGUUCAAGCCAGAAAUCUAGAACUGAUUGAUUAUUUAUUAAAUGAUCUGGAUAUCAGUAAUAUACAGUAUUAUUGUGGUAUUUUAAGCGCUGUUCUUGAAAAGGAUAUUUAUAUAUUGGACAUUUUAUUAACAAGAGUAUCUGACAAUAAAAUACUGGAAGGUUACCUCAAGUGUUUAGUUGGGGGUGGUCAAGAAUGUAUUAGAUGUUUACCUCAAGUAGCUGCUUCGAAUUUAACCCCUUUAAUGGUUGCUUCUCUUGAUGGAAAUAUUGAAAUUACUAAAAUGUUUUUAGAGAGAGGAUAUAAAGUUAAGAAACCACAUUGUCCUCGUUGUACAUGUGAAAAGUGCUGUAUUACUCGAACUAAUACUGUAGAAACACUAACAGAAUCUAUGAGCAGGCUGAAUACGUAUCGUACCCUUGCAAGUCCUACGUAUCUCAUUUUAACAUCAUGUGAUCCUAUUCUAGCAGCUUUUCAAUUAAGUCACGAGUUGUGUCUAAUCAGCUGUGAGCUACCCGAAAAUCAAAAAGAAUAUAUGGAAUUAAGCCGGCAGUGUUCCCGUUUUGCUGCUGAUCUUCUUGAUGAAUGUCGCACAACAGAGGAAGUGAAAACAUUAAUAAACAGAAAGCGUGGCUGUCCUGACAAAUCUUAUAAGUUAAAUCGCUUUGUUACAGCAGUCCAUUAUAAUCAGAAAUUAUUUGUUACUCAUCCUAACUGCCAACAAGUGUUACGAUCUAUUUGGGUAGAAGGACUACCAUGGUACAACUGGACAUACAAAAAUCGUGUGCUACAUGUCAUGAAGCAUGCUUUAUUAAUGCCAGUAAUCUGCCUUGCUUAUUGUUUUGCACCGGAAUACAAAAAACUCAAAGCUCUUGAUAUACCUUUAAACAGAUUUAUUUAUUAUACUUCAUCGUACUGCACUUUUCUAUUCCUAUUGCUACUUACUUUAAUUUUUGACAGAUUUGAUGGCUCAAGGCAAGGCAUGGCUACAGAAAUUCUUGUAGGUCUGUGGAUUGUAGGAUUUUUCAUUGACAUGCUUGCGAAGUGCUGGACUGGAUAUAGAAAAGGUUUAGGUUGCUGGUACAAAAGCUACUUUUAUGAUGCAGGAAUGAUACUUUUAUUUGUUAUUUCCGAAGCUAUUUUUGUACUUAAACUAUCUGGUGUACUGAGUGGUUCCAUGAAUCGUAAGGAGAUGACUGGUUACGAUCCGGUACUAGUAGCAGAUGCUAUUUAUGCCACUGCAUCAAUAAUGGCAUAUUGUCGAAUAAUCGUUUGGUGUAAAUUUAGCUAUCACCUUGGACCUUUGACAGUAACGUUAAAACACAUGAUUGGAGAUGUGGUGCGCUUCUUUAUACUUUUUCAAGUGGUGGUCAUUGCGUUUUCAAUUGGAAUCAAUUCACUUUACAAAUAUUAUGAAAAUACUGGGGAGUGUUUCAAAGACGGAAACCAUUUGCACAACGGAAACGAGUUUCAAACAUUAUUUCAAACAGGCAACAAGUUGUUUUGGGCAAUAUUUGGAAAAGGAGAACCUCACUUUGCUGACAUUUAUCAUUGUCCAAAAAAUGAUACUGGAUCAGAAUUGGGAAUAAAAAUUGCUGAAAAUGAUCACUUUUUUACUGAAGCCGUUGGAUAUGCCAUGUGGGGCAUAUACCAUUUCAUUGCUUGUUUAGUUGUUCUUAACAUGCUUAUUGGAAUGAUGGCAGAGAGCUAUCAAAGAGUUCAGGAAAACGCUGAUAUAGAGUGGAAAUUUGGCUGUUCUACCCUUUGGCUUAGUGUAUUUGAUUAUAACUGUUUAGUGCCGCCUCCUUUUAAUUUGCUUCCUUCUUUGAGAUGGUUUUUUAUUAAGUAUAGAAGAGUGUCAGAGAGCAAAGGAAAGAUUAGUUACAUUAAUAUUUUCAAUUUCUCCAAACAGAAACUUUUUCACAAAAACAGUGAGAAGGAAAAACUAGAACAAAAGCUUGAAGAGGAAAAGUAUGAGAAACUCAUGAUUCAACUUAUUAGACGUUAUUUGCAUACAAAUGGGUUAAAAGACUCUGCUGUUGCAUCUGCUUCAAGUCAUCGAUGUUGCUGGAAAUCUCAAAACGACAAGAAGAGAAAUAGCAAGUCACCAUCAGAAGUGAAUCAACAUUCAAAUUAAAUAUAAAUAUUUGUGAUACAUAUAUCUUCUUGGAAAUAAAAUAAUUUAUUUUUAA